AUGGCUAUUGAAACAGAAUGCAGUGCGGAUCGUCCUUAUAUUGUUGGAGAAGAUAAUUUAAUUGAAGCAUUGAAAGAGAGCAUGCGCAAAAAGCUUGGCCCUGCUGCUAAAUCACCCUUGACUGUCAGAAGCUGCAUCUUCAAAGUUCCCCAAGUGCUCCGGAGGCAUAAGCCAGAGGCAUAUGAACCUCACGUCAUCUCAAUCGGACCCAUUCAUCGAGACGGUCGCAAACAAUUCCAGCGCAUGGAAACUGUGAAGCAGUGGUAUUUAAAGGGGAGUUUCACUAAAACACCCAAAAUGGGAGUUGAAAUUAUAAAAAAACCCAAGCACUAUUUAAACAUAUAA